ACGUAUUGCUGCAUAUAUACGGUCCCUCGCGGCCUCAUGUCGUGGUAUUUGUCUGCACCACACAACCGCGCUCUAAUUGCUUCGAUUUGGGAGUAAGCUUUACCAGGAGCAGUGCGAUGGAUUCCAGCAGCGCCGAGAUCCUCAUCGACCUCGGUGGCUUCCGGCUAUACAAAGAUGGCCACGCCGACCGUGCCGGCGGCAUGGAGAGUGUGCCUGCCGGCUACGACGACGAGACCGGCGUCACGUCCAAGGACGUCGUCAUCGACGCUGUCACCGGCGUGUCCGCGCGCCUCUACCUACCACCGUGCAUCCAGCCAGCUACCGACGACGACGGUAAGAAGCUCCCGAUCCUCCUCUUCUUCCAUGCUGGCUACUUCGUCGUCGGGUCAGCGAGCUGGCCUCCUGUCCACCGCUACACCAACUCUGUCGUCGCAAGCGCCCGCGUCGUCGCCGUCGCCGUCAACUACCGCCUCGCGCCCGAGCACCUGCUCCCGACAGCCUACGACGACUCAUGGGCGGCGCUCAGCUGGGCGGUGUCCGGCGCCGACCCUUGGUUGUCCGCGCACGGUGACACCGGCCGAGUCUUCUUGUCCGGCGCCAGCGCCGGCGGGAACAUAGCCCACAACAUGACCAUCGCCGUGGGCGUGCGCGGCCUGGACGCCGUCGUACCGGCGCCACGCAUAGAGGGCACGAUCUUGCUCCACCCUUCCUUCUGCGGCGAGACGAGGAUGGAGGUUGAGCCGGAGGAGUUCUGGGGCGGCGUCAAGAAGAGAUGGGCGGUCAUCUUCCCCGGCGCGAACGGCGGGCUGGACGAUCCGCGGAUGAACCCGAUGGCCGCCGGCGCGCCGAGCCUGACAAAGCUGGCGUGCGAGAGGAUGCUGGUCUGCUCGGCGGGGUUCGAUCCGAGGAGGACAAGGGAUCGGGCGUACUACGACGCAGUCAAGGCCAGCGGGUGGGGACGCGAGGUGGACUGGUUCGAGUCGGAGGGUGAGGGCCACCACUUCUUCGUCGACAAGCCCGGCAGCCACGAGGCCAGCAAGCUCAUGGAACGAGUGGCUGCUUUCAUUGCUGGCCAUUAAACUGUGCUUCCAGCUGGAUAAUUUGCCUCGUGUUUCUAAGAGCAAGGAUAACAGUAGAGCUCACUAUCUACUAUUAGCACAUCUUAAAGCCAACACAUAUAAUAGAUUAGCUAUAAGGUUGGCUAUAAUUUUUCUUUUCCUAUCUCUAUAUCUCACUUAUACAUUUAUUAUUUUUGUCUUGGAGCUUGUGAUAAGCUAGCUCUUGUAUGAGAGCCAAUACCUUUGAUUUUUUGUUACCUCUCUACUCCAUAUAAGCUUAUAGUAAGCUUAUAGCUCACUAUUAUACUUGCUCUAAGAUGUCAAAA